AUGUUUAAAUUUUGCAGAAAACAGUUACUUGAAGAGCUUAUCUUCAUCCAUAGUCAUCUAAAGAAAUAUGCUUUGAAAGCAGCAAAAAGAUAUAAAAGCCAUAGGAGACCAAUGUCUCUCUUUGUAAGUAAUUAUUUCAUUACCAUUUCAAUAAAUAAAAACCUGGAUUUUUUUAAAUUUAUAUUUUAUCUGAAAAAGUAAACACAAAAUAACUUCAUGAUCAUGAAAAAUUACCCUCCUCUCUGCAUAAGCAAAGGGGCAUAACUUAAUUGAAAAAUGAUAUGUUAAAAAAAAAAACCAGUAUAAUGAUGGAAAUUUAUUAUUGUUUUAUUUCUUUUAAGUUUAAAAAUAAGGAAAAUGAAAUAUGCAAGAUAAAAAUAAUGGUUAUACUAUUAAUAUAUCAUCAGUCCAGUUUCACAAGUUCACUGCCUAUAUAAUGAUCCUCUGUAGCACUAGCAUUAUUUUCAUAGUCUGAUUCAGAUGAACUUUCAACAAAAGGAAAAUUUUUUCUCCUGCAUCACUUUCAAUAGCUUCUACAUGGGGUCUGUUACAUAUAUAAUUUUUAAACUCAUAUCCAGAGUUCGGAAGUCCAUGCUUAUCUUCUUAGUCACAAAGUCAGAUUCCUCCUUAAACAAAAAGGAAAUUCUCCCAAGGGAGCAGUGAGUCAACGAAAGCAGCUAGAUGUAUAAACAGUUGCAUUAACAUUGCUAUAAAUAAUAAUCUGAAAUUUUGUAGGGUUCAUUUUUUUUAUUUCCUUCAUAAACUGCAAGUGUCAGAAGGAACAUUUCAAAAAAAUUAGUUGCUUUUAAGCUAGGAAGAUUUACAGUCAAUAGGAUUGUUUUUUUUUUUGUUUUGCAUGUUUCAGAACUGUGCUUGUUCAUCAAAGGAAAAUAAGAUAACAGAGAUAAGAUCUGAUACUAUACCUUUGGAUAAAAAGAACAAGAAAGAUAGCAUCAGUCAGGUUGUUUUUUUCCCGCUAUUUUUGAAAUGUCUUUAUAUACUUUUCAGAAAAAAAUUAUAAGUGGAACCAAGAUGAAAAUCCAUUGCUGUUUUUAAUUAAUCAUGAAGUACAAAAGCAGUGAAGUAAAUUAAUUUGACUGAAGGUAAAAUACAAUUCUGUUGAAGUUAUUUUUUUUUCUGGUUCUUUUGACUUUGCUUUUUGUUUUGAUGAAAUUCUGUUAAAAAUAAAUUCCUAUAGAAUUUCUAUUUUUACUAUUGUAAUUUCAGCUUGGUAAAGGAGGCACUAAAGAAGCAUCAUUGGCAGCUAAAGAAAUGAACGCACAACGCUUUAUCAUAUACCAGCCAGAGAGCCUCCAUUAUGAACUCUAUGCUGUUAUAGGUAGAUUUAAGAUUAUUAAGAAUGUUUAAAGGAAUUGGUUCAUUGUUGGUUUAAAAUAAUAAUAAAUAAAAAAAAAAAUACCAUCAAGAAUGACAUGUUAAAUCUAUUGCAAAGUGAAGGAACUAUGUAAUAUCAAGUUAUAAUUAUUAUAAUUUAAGGAAACAAUUCUCACAUCCUUAAAAUAUAUAAUUUAAGUUAAAAGUAAUUUUUCUAUCCUUACAAAAUGCAAUAUGUAUGCAAUAUAUAUAUUUUGCAUUAUAUGCACACAUUUUUUCCUCAUCAGGUAAAGGACACGCCAACACAUCAACUAUCUCUUUAGCCAAGCACACACCCACAGAUUCACUGAUUGCAGUGAAAAGAAUAAACAUUGAAAUCUGGGACAGAGAACUAUCAUAUUUACAGGUAGUUUAUUGCAUGUCGUUUUGGUUUUUAGUACUAAACAAAAACGCACAUCUAAGUUACUACUAAAAUGAUAAUGCAAAUGAUUCAAAGUGUUUUGAAAAAGGAUUGUAAUAAAGCAAAUAGACAAUGAUAGUGACGAUCCAUUGAUUUCAACUGCUAGUGCUACUAAUGUGUGCUUUUGAAAUAAAAUAAAAAAAACAAGUCAAAGUCCUAGCCAUGUUUUUAAAAAAAAAAUGGCCUCCUACUAUGCUAUUCUACACCAAUUCUCAGACAAUAUUCUGUACCCUGUGGUAUAUUUUGUUAUAGUUAUGGACUACUAACAGACUAAGAUUGAAAUUAAUAAAAUUUAUUUAAUUUUAUAAUCUUAUGAUUUUAUCUGCCUGUGUGUCAGUUUGUGAAGAUUUUCCCCAGGAGCCCAGGGGCAUGGCUAUUUUAGGACCAGAGCCAAGGAGCAUGGGUAUUUUAGGACCAGGAGCCAAAGAUUCAGAGGGCUAAUUAUGACAAAAAGGAGAAACCUUACAUUAUCGUUUUGAACUAAGAACUGAGAUCUCAUAGAGGUGGUGGAUUGCGCAGGUUUAAAGUAGGAAAAUACUGGCAACUUGCAACGUGUUUAGCAAGGAUGGUUUAAUAUAAACUUGACUAAAUUCCUUGUAAUAUAAAGUUAAGUUUGAAACAACUAUAAGGGCCUUAGAUAUAUAUUUAAAAAAAUAAUUUUUUCUAAAUAUCUUUUUUCUAUACCCUUCAAUAGGAUGAAAUAAUCACAACGCAGCAGCUCUCCCAUGCAAACUUGCUGCCCAUAUACUGCAGCUUUAUAAAUGGACAAGAGCUCUGGGCCAUUAUGCCGUUAAUGGCAUUUGGUAAGGUUUUUUAUAUUUGAUACAUCCAUAAUUUAGGUGUUUCUUCCAUUUUAUUUUUUUUUAAUGUAUUAACAUUAAAACAAUUACUUUAUGAAAGUUAAUUAAUUAAUAGUCAAAUACAAAAAAAAAAAAAAAAAAAAAUAUAUUAAAACAAUUACUUUAUGAAAGUUAAUUAAUUAAUAUUCAAAUAAAAAAAAAAAAAAAAAGAAAAUUAUAAUCUAUUUAUUUAUGUGUUUGCAGAAUACAUAUUGCUAGAAAAUUCUAGACAAUCGAUUAAUUUUAUCUUUCUUUAUGUUUUUUUAUAUUAUGUAAUUAAAUAAAUAAACAUUUUAUAUAAUCUCGUGGGUUUCAGGCAACUUUCCCCAUCCAAAAAAGUGGUUACUGUCUCCUACAUUCCAACAUUUAAAAAAAUGUUCACACUAUAAGAAAAAAAGAUGUUAAUUAACAUUUGGUUUUUUUUAUGUACAGGUUCAUGCAGAGAUCUGAUGCAUGCUUAUUUUAACUCAGGAUUACCGGAACAGGCAAUUGUUUUUAUUUUACGUGAUGUCCUUCUAGCCUUAGAAUAUUUGCACCAAAGAGGCAUAAUUCACAGGUAAGCAUGGGUCAUAUUUAACUCAGAAAUUGUAACCUCAUUUCUUCAAAAUACAAACUCCUUUAAGUCCAAACAGACCUUAAAAGUUUUGUUUUUAAUUGAAAGAGAUAUUAAAAUAAACAUAUUGAAACAUAAAAGUGUAAAUAGUUAACAAAAGACAAAUGCAGAGGAAGAAUUUGCAUUAAAAACACACAAAAUUGAGAAAAGAUGAAUAUUAUUAUGCUUUGUUUCUUACAAACAAAAUAAUGAUUUGAUAACAUGUACUCUAGAAAGAUGACCUGUGUACAAUCAUUUAAGAAGCCCAUCAAGAGAUGCACACUAUUGAAAUAUCUUUAUCGUCCCUAUUGUCAAGAUAGUUUCUCUACUAUAGGAUGAUUUGGCUGAUGUACUUAGCCUAAACUGUUAUAGAUUCGCCAUUAUACAAGCUACCGGUUCCUGAUAUAUUUUUCAUUCAUCCUAGGGGUGUUAAAGCCAGCCAUGUGAUGAUAUCAAAGCACGGCCUCGUAUGCUUAUCUGGUUUACACAAUUCUUUUAACACAAUACAAAAUGGGAAGAGACUGAGGAAAGUCCAUGACUUCCCCAUGCACACUAUUGACUGUCUUCAUUGUUACAGUCCUGAAUUGUUACAGCAGGUACAUACAAUUUAACCAGUUUUGUUAGUAAACAGAUAACUAUGAAAGUUUUAGCUCAUAUUCCAUCCAUGGUAUUUAUUUUUUAACAUAUUUUUGUUGAAUUAUGAACUAAAGUUCUUUUAUAAAUGUAAUUUUUACUCAAGUUUAAAAUCAACUAAGUAAAAUUUAAAACCAUAGCUGCUGUGACAUACAUUUUAAGAAAUAGUUUGAUCUAUCUUUAAAUUAUAUUGUAGAUGAAUUUAACACACUGCAUUAUGAUUUAUUUUUUUUUAUUUCAUUCCUGCUGUAGAUGUCAACACAGCAUUAGCAUGUUAAGUUUUCUUUUGUUUAGUCUUAGUUUCUAUAAAUUGGGGCUUCCUCUUCUCAUUAGUUAGUUUUAAAAAAAAAACUUUUACCUACUACAUUUUAUUUUUCCAUCAGAAUUUGGCUGGUUAUAAUUGCAAGUCAGAUAUUUAUAGUCUAGGAAUCUUGACAUGUGAGCUGGCCAAUGGACAAUCUCCAUUCUCAGACAUGCCUGUUACUCAGGUAAAUAAGUAUUCCAACAAAAUGGUUCCUAUUUCUUUACAAAGAAUCUUGUAAGAUCCUUAUUUUUAAAUUCUAGCUAUCUUCUAAAUUCAGUUAUCAAUACUAAGUCUUAUUUUGGCUACAUGCCUGUUAUACAGUAUUAGCCAUUAAUGUAGUCUUACUCUCUAAGUCUGAAAAAAAGCUUAUGAUGGUCCAUAAGCACAGCAUGGCAAUCAGUCAUAUUUAAAAUCAAACAAGCUUUAAAUUGGACUUUACUUUCUUGUUUAUUGUUAAAUUUGAAUUUGGAAACAAUUUUAGUUUCACCCAUAUUUUUAUAUUUUUUCCUUACAAAUUAAGUACUAAUGAUUUUGUUUUUGAUGUUUUUAAUGAGUAACAGAUAAUAGAAAAAAAAAAGAAAAAGGUAAAGACAUUGAUAAUUCCAAACAAAAAAAAUGAACAAUAAUUUUAACAAAAUGAAUUUUGAACUUUUGAAGAUGCUAUUAGAAAAGCUAAGCGGGACCAAACCAAGAUUAGCUGAUUCUUCUACAGUUGGGGAGUUUGUCAUUGAUGAUGGUAAGAACAAGCGUUCAGCAUUGAAUUCCCAUCCAGAUUCUAUUGAAAUAAGAUUAUCUACCAUUGUUGAGUUAAAUAAUUUUCAAAGCUCAUAAUAAUGAUGAACAAAUGAUUUGUCAUAAAGUGGUGCAGAUUCAGAAAAAUUUAUUUGUGUCAAUGUUUCAGAUGGAGUUGAGGACCAAUCAGGCACUACCCAAGAAAGGGCUGAUGCCAUAUUUUUCAAAAGAACAUUUUCCACUCAUUUACAUGAUUUUGCUUCUGUUUGCCUUGAGCGGGAUCCAUUUAGCAGGUAAUACAUUUAAAAAAAAUCUCAAAUCUCAUAUUCUUAGAUGGUGAGCAAUAUGUAGUUACUUAACUUUUCAUUUAAGAAUAAUGAUUCAGCUUAUGUUAACUGUGAAUUAAAUAUCCAUCUUUCCAUGGUGAUUAUAAAUUAUUUAAUUAUUUCUAGUAUUGUAAGCUUCAUCAAUUAGUGGCUUAAAAUUAUAAACUUUCAUCAAUUUUCUUCCUUCCACGCGAACCACCCAAAUCAGCUUUUAUUGCCCACUUUUUGUUUUGAUUUAUGUACAGACCAUCAGCCCCACAGCUCCUGUGUCAUCAGUUGUUCAAGAGCAUCAAGGGCAGGUAUUCAACUUCCCUGCCCUCCUUGUUGCAACCAGUCACCCCACUUACU